AUGCCGAUUCCUUCCUUGCCCCUCUUUGCUGCAGCGGAGCAGCAUGUGCGCCAGAACCCCGACAAGAUCGCGGUCAUUGACACCACCAAACAACAAUCCUUCACAUUCGCUCAAUUGCUGGCAGAUGCGGCAGCGCUAAGAAAGCGCAUUAUUGAGCAAUUGGGGUUGACGGGGGAUUUGGAAGAACGACGCAUUGCCUUCUUGGUCCCCCAUGGAUAUGACUACGUUGCUACGCAAUGGGCUGUGUGGGCGGCGGGAGGUGUCUGCGUUCCACUUUGUACAAGCCAUCCAGUAAAGGAAUUACUACAUACCGUCGGUGAUUCAGACCCGUCAUUGAUAAUUGUGCAUCCGGAGUUCGAAAAGAUCGCACCCUCGCUGCGCGAAGGAUGCGCCACCGACAUACCAUUUUUUGGACUAGAACCAUUCUCUCGAAAUGAGGCACCGACUUUACCUUCUUUCUCCCCGCCGUUUGCGCUCACUCGCCGUGCCCUGAUGAUCUAUACCUCUGGAACCACAUCAGCCCCCAAGGGUUGCGUGACAACACAUAAGAAUAUCACUUUCCAAGCGAGCUGCCUGGUCAAUGCCUGGGAAUACACUCCCUCGGACCGUCUGAUCCACAUGCUGCCGCUCCAUCAUGUCCACGGUAUCAUCAAUGGCCUGGCGGCCAGUUUCCUGAGUGGUACCACUGUGGAGAUGUAUCCGAAGUUUGACCCGAAGGUGAUCUGGGAGCGGUGGCAGGACCACGGCUCCUCGACCAUGUUCAUGGCUGUACCGACCAUUUACUCUCGUCUGAAUGACUAUUUCGAUGCUCAUAUCCGCGGUACGGAACGAGAAGAUGCCGCGCGGGCUGGAGCUCGUGCUCUACGGCUGGUCGUCAGUGGAUCUGCGGCCCUCCCUACCCCCAUCAAAGAAAAAUUCGCUGAAAUCACUGGCCAGGUUCUACUAGAGCGGUAUGGAAUGACAGAGAUCGGUAUGGCGAUCAGUUGCGGGCUAGAGAUUCCAAAGCGAAUCGAUGGCAGUGUGGGAUGGCCGUUGCCCGGUGUCAAGGUGCGACUGUCCGAAAGAGAAACAGGGCAGAUCGUAGAUGGAGUGGAUGAAGACGGCAUGAUUGAAAUCAAGGGUAGUAACGUCUUCUGCGAGUACUGGCGGAAACCGGAAGCUACGGUCUCGGAGUUCACAUCCGAUGGAUGGUUCAAGACUGGUGAUGUUGCUAAACGCGAUUCAAGCGGUGCAUACUUCAUUCAAGGCCGGGCUUCUGUCGACCUGAUCAAGUCCGGUGGAUACAAGAUUUCAGCGUUGGAAGUUGAACGCAAGAUGCUGGCCAUUCAUGCGAUUCAAGAAGUUGCAGUUGUCGGAUUGGCCGAUCAAGAAUGGGGCCAGCGAGUCGCUGCGGUUGUCAAGUUCCGAGAAGGGACUACACCGCUGGAACUACCUACUCUACGCGCCGAGCUCAAGAACGAGAUGGCCCCCUAUAAGAUCCCAACCGUCCUGAAGGUUGUGGAUGGGAUCGAGCGCAAUGCCAUGGGCAAGGUCAAUAAGAAGGUCAUCAAGCAAAAGUACUGGCCGGAUAAGGCAUGA